AUGCAAUCGGCUGCCGGCCCAGCCAGAUCGACCCAGCUGCCAGGCAUCUACGGUUACCUUAAGUGGGCUGGCUGUCUUGUUGUCCAUGUCGAGUGGAUGAUGGUUUUUUCUUCGCAUCCUGACCUAACACCCUGCCUAUCUGUUGAUGUGGCUUCUCGUGGCUUGCAAUCGAGGGGUAGUCUUGGAACACUCGAGAUAAGAUUGGCAAUGGACUCUUGGCCUCCCACAGUCUUAGCACAUCCAGUCAUGAGCCGUGACCCCCGACCCGAGGACCAAGAUCGCAGUGAUGGAAGCAAGUUGAAGCGUCUUCUCACACGACGCAUAUUGAUGCAUGAGCCAGAGAUGGGAGGUUACAAUCUGUGGCUCAUGGGCCGCUCAUGGGUAGUUGAGCUGAACGGAGAGACUGUGGCUUAUAUCACCUCGUAUAUCCAGACAGAAAGGUCAUUUAUCUGGAUCCUGUUCAUCUCACUGGCUUGUCUUGCCUUAGCUGGCCACCCAUUAUAUCACAGGACGCAUGGCAUUGGUCCAGGUACCGUCUACCUGGUCGGAAUGGAACCCCUCGACUUAAGCCAAUGGCGGGGCUCUCCUGUGCGGGUCUGCCCUAAGGUACCUUACCAGCCGGAUCCCACCCUGUUGCGCGUACCUAUGGGAGAUACCUACUCCUCUCUGAGAAGUACAGACAAGAUCAUAGGUAACCAUAGGAACAAUAGAAAGAACAAGAAUGCCUUGUCAUGGUCUGCUGCGCUGAGCUCAGCACACAGAGAGGCGGGGCAGGGAGCCAGGAGUCAAAUAAGGUAUUUCAAGGUUCCUGCGCAUCUGAUGGUCGUAUGCACAAGUAUCAACGACCUGCUUUACCCCAAAACAUCCGGCUUAAGUGAUUCAGUGUCAACUUUGGUAACCUACGGCUUUACUUGGUAUACACAUAGACAAUUAUCCUGCAGGGCUUCCGUGUUUGAGUUCGCUUUGAUCAAUCAAUGGUAG